UAAAAGCAGAUUUCUACCAGAGGACCCAUGUGGGUGGUGGAGAAGAUGCGUGGGUCAGUAGAGAGAUCUAACCUGCCUAUCCCAUCAGCAAAAAUCAGCUUUAAGAUUGGCGACAUCAUGUUUGGAGAAAAAGGUGACAAACCCAAAAUGAUUUCCCUCUGCCCUAAUGUCAUCACCCCUGACAACAUCCCAGAGUUCUGCAUCCCCCCAACAAUCCCAUCCCUGCUGGAGAUGAAGAAUUCGGAGCAGAGUCGAGCUACUCGCAUUAUCAAGGUGUCUCCCUGUGAGAGGGCUAGCCCUGAAAUAGAGGUGACAUGCCAUGAGUCCAUGUCCAUCAACCCUCACAUUAUCCAGGUGGAGAGUGUGGAUGAGAGCUCCUACGAUGGCUGCAGUGAUGAGGAGACCACCAAUGCAGAUCCCCAGAGCCAGGCUGCCUUGUCCCUUCCACACCUGGCCAAAGCUCAGACCUGCUAUGGCUUUUGCACCUUACUGGAGAGCCCCCACACCAGGAGGAAGGAGUCGCUCUUCCACUCUGAUCCUGGCUCCUCUCCCCUGCUGCUGCCAAGGAAUCGAUCUAGCACGUGCUCUAAAGUCUCCCCUUCCACCACCUCCUCCUCUCCUUCCCCAUUCAGUUUCAAUACCCUAACCUCCAGGCUUUCUCCAAGAGGAUACACCCUGAACUGGCAGGCUACUCUGGACAGCGAAACAACUUCCUCUACUGAAUCCUCUCCUUUCAGCUCGCCACUGCUGACCAGGUGCCCUGCCAAGUCUUCCCUCUUCAAAGCACUGAGCCAUGAACUGCUGUUGUCAAGGAACAUGAGGAAGGCAAUGCUGUCCAGAAACAAUUCCCUGUCCACAGAUGAAGGUAGCUCCACAGACAAUAGCCCCAGUGUCAUGAGGAGGGCAUCAGAGGGGUUAGUUGAGGGCCUACCCAGCACCUACAGCCUGGCACCGCCCACCAUCUUCCCCAUGGACUUGACUCUUCACAGAGAAAGGGUGAUGAAGGAAAGAAUGGUACCCAUAGGAAAAGAUGGCAGCUUGAGACUCUCAGCAGAGUACUGCCCAGAUAACCAAAGACUACGGGUUCGACUGAUCAGUGCCGAGGGACUCUAUCCUCUCUCUGUAGAUUCGAAGAUUAUCAACUGCAGCGUUAGCCUCUCUCUGGUUCCUGGAAAAAUCCAGAAGCAACGCAGCACAGUCAUCAGAAAGAGCCGUAAUCCAAUAUUCAAUGAGGAUUUCUUCUUUGAUAGUAUGUCAGAGGACGACCUCAGCCAGCGGUCCCUUCGCUUUAAAGUAGUGAACAAAAUGUCCACCCUGAAAAGAGACUAUCUCCUCGGUGACUGUGAUUUGCCUCUUUCUAGCAUUGUGACAUUAUAAACCCAAGUACUUCCUUAACUGU